GUCGGACUGGAGGACGAGUCUGUUAGGAUUUCCAAUCCAGCGCCCUAAUCAAAACGAGGAUUCUGUGACGACGAAUCCCUUCUUCCCUGCUCUUACUAAAGAGCAGCCCGGCGUCGUGGUCCACGCCGGAGUCCUCCGAGGAGAUCCUAUCCCGCCCAGGGUGCGAGGUCACCGGCUCACCGCCGGCGACCACACAUGGCCCAACCACCCGUCUCAUCCAAAGAUGCCCCCGAUCUCCGUGAGCGCCUCUCUUUCCCUGGAUCAUUGCUUCCGCAUUUUUACCUGCUCUCGCUGCAAGUAGACAAGACGAUGGCCGCCGCCGCCGCUAGGGAACAGAGAGUCGUGGUAGCGAACAAGCACGGCGAGAAUCUUAUGGGGAUACUGCACCACGCGGGGUCCAACAAGGUUGUAGUCCUGUGCCAUGGCUUUGCGGCUUGCAAGGAUGAUAGCAUCAUGAUUGAUCUUGCAGCUGCAUUGACAAAGAAAGGGAUGAAUGCGUUUCGCUUUGAUUUCAGUGGAAAUGGAGAAAGCGAAGGUGAAUUCCAAUAUGGCAACUACAGGAAGGAGGCAGAUGACUUGCAUUCUGUUGUCUCACAUCUUUACCAGAAGUAUGAUGUAACAGCAAUUGUUGGCCACAGCAAAGGUGGAAGUGUGGUUGUUCUAUAUGCCUCUAUCUAUGGCGAUGUUCCCAUGGUUGUUAACCUUUCUGGUCGAUUUUAUUUGGAGAAAGGCGUUGAAGAGCGUCUAGGCAAAGAAUAUAUGGAUAGGAUAAACAGAGAAGGCUAUAUUGAUGUCUUGAACAAAUCAGGAAAAAUUUUGUACAGAGUAACAAAAGAGAGCCUGAUGGAACGAUUGAACACUGAUAUGCAUGCAGCAAGCCUUUCCAUCAGCAAGGAAUGCAGGUUCUUCACUAUUCAUGGUUCAGCUGAUAAGAUCAUACCUGUGGAAGAUGCACAUGAGUUUGCAAGGCUUAUUCCAAACCACAAACUGACAUGUGUCAUCAAGAGAGCAAAUCAUGGGUAUACUUCUCAUCGUAGACAACUUUGUGACGCUGUCAUAGACUCGAUCACAUCCAAAGUGGUAUAGAGAAACUGCAGUUCGGCCGUUGGUAACAAGUGCUUCUGCUGUUCUACAAUCUGUGGAUAACAUUAGGCCAAGUGCAUCUGCAAUCUGUAGCAGAACACUAGGUCAGGUAAAGGAGCGAGUUCAGAUGCUGAAAUGAAAAAGAGCUUGAAUUCCCAACAUACGUCCUGUUUCAGUAGGAGGAUGAUUGUAACUUGUAAGCAUGCCUUUCACAUAGAUGAAUAUGAAUUCCUGCCUAUUCAACUGCCUUUUUCGACCA